AUGGCUGUCUUUGGAUCGUUCCGCAAGUGGCUUGCCCUCAAGCAGUACCAACUAGAGGUCACUUUCAGCGUUUACAUGUUCACGCCAUGGGAGAAGUUCUUCUUCAGCUCUGUCGUUUUCCUUCUCUUCAGCUUGACCUUCAUCGCCGCCUGCCUCUACCUCCCCCAUCACAUCUCCUUCCUCGUCGGUCGUGCAUGGUACUACAUGAACGGAGAGCAGAUUGACGUUGCUGAGGUAGUGCAGGAGGCCGUCAAGGAUAUGUCUGCUAGCGCACUAUCAGGUACAACGGCAAGUGUGGUGGACGUUACAAAGGAGACGCUCGAAAUUGUUAAAGAGCUAUAA